AUGGGUUGUAGUCGUCAUAAGUGGUCUAUUUAUUUUAAAAUACUUGAUGAGCUAGCAAAUAAAAGUAAUAAAGCUGCUAUAUGUCUUGCCUGUUUAGGAGCUUUGGGUAGUGAAGCUAAAAAAAUAACCAACAAGUCAAAUUUAUGUUAUAAUCAUUUAAAAUCUUGUCCAUAUUUUGCACAAAAAUAUUCUUCAGAAGAAUUAGAAAAAAUUUUUCAAAUCGAUAAUGAAUCUAACUCCGAAUCUAGUGAAGAUUCUAUAAAAAAAAUUAAACAAACAGCUUCUCAAAAUGAUAAUAAACUACAACAAUUUGAGCAACAUAUAAUUUGUAGAACAGUAGCAAGUGGAUUACCAUUUAAAUGGAUACAGGACAAAGAUAUUGUAGCUGCUUUUAAGCUUGUUAAUCCUACAAUUAAAUUACCUUUACAUCGCAAAUUAAGUGGAUCUAUUCUAAAAAAAGAA